CCCUCACAACAAAAACGUAUCCUAAAUUAACAAAUCACAAUUGAUUUUUAAAAUAAAAUGUCAGGGUAAAUUGUGAAUUAUCGUUUUAGAUAAUCGUAUAGUAUUUAAAAAACAGUCAGAUACAAUUAAUUGUUAAAUCGAAUGUAAACAAAUUUACCCAUGACAUCACAAACUUCGCAUCAAACAGAAUUCGAUCAUGUUCAUAAGAGGGAUGACGUUAUAAUUUCAAAUGCCGACAUUGGCACAACGGAGCUGCUUGUACGCACGAGCUACGCCGUCCCUUAUUAUUUAGUAUCGGAACAAAACUAUUAGUUGAUUGCAUUUGAAGUUGGCAUAUUAUUGGUAUUUUAAUGUUCUGCUGAACCGCAUAGCAUUCCGACGUUAUCUUGAUUUAUCGAGUACGCUGCCGGUGGAAUUGUAAGCCAGAAUAUCGAAUUCCGAGUGUUUAAUUUAACGGUAAUGCGUCGAAUAUGAUAGAAUUGCUUGAUAUGCAUUGUUUAUGAAUGAAAUGAUUCUAUUUUGAGGCGGUGGCGCGUGAUGUUUUAAUGUUGAUGUGAGAUUAUUAGUAGUUAUUCACGGAUGCACUUUCCUCGAGAUCGCGUGGAAUGCGCAAGCGGCGCCGGCGCCAAUGACACUGAAUAAUAAUUUUGAAUAUCCAGAAAUGAUAUUAAUCCAAUCGUCUGUAAUUAGAUCUAGCGCUCCGUGACAGUUGAACAUGCACUACGUUGUUACGAAGAUUAACGAAGCAGAAUAAGUGCCUAUAAUCUGAUUGAAUAGGUACAGCAACACCAACAUGUAUUAAUUACUUUACAUUCAAAUAUAUUUCCUUUUUGGGCUUCUUCUUAACUUAUUUAAUAUUGUUUAAUUUUUUUUUUUACUUUUUAUUGUUCCAUUUUUAAAUACAAAAAAAUAUUAUAUUCUGAUUGGCUUAGAGUACACUUAGAAAAAUAUUAUAUCAUCUCAUACAGAAUAAUUUAUUUCAAUGACAUUUAUCAUCUUUUGUCCCUCCCCAAAAUUUUUAGUUUUAUUUUAGUUCCAGAGUCUUAUUUAAACUUAAUGUUAUACAAAGUAUAUGUAAUCACCUCGCAUUAAUGAAAAUAGAAAAGUAUAUUUGUAUUUUAUGCAUCAAUAUUCUUAUAAAAACAAUGUGGGGUAAUCUUUUCGGCUAGUUUUUCUUUAUCAUUGUAAAGAAAAACGUUAAACAACUCCCAUGACAUAAAUGUUCUUUUACAAUCCUUUUAAAUCAUAGUUGGGUAUUAUCUAACCAACAUACUAUAUGUAUAUAUUAAAUUGAAUUUCAUUUUAAAAUAUGAUUGGGUCUUAUCUUUUAUUGCACUUUUCUGAAUCAUAAAAAAUAUAAGUUUUGUGGCAAUUGCGUAAGAUGAUAAUUUUGUUUGUAUGUAUGUGUUUAUUGUGUUCCAAUAUUUUAAGCUUUAAUUUAAAUAUUAUUGUUCGUUUUGUAUGCGAAGGUUGUAUUUAUAAACCUAAUGGAUGUUGCAUUGGAACGAUUCUUUCACCAAGAUAUAUCAUAUCUACUAAUUACUGUGCUACUAUGUGUCAAUUCACUGAAAUAAAUAACAAAAUGUAUAAAAUAAAGCAGUAUCAUAUAUACCCUAACGCUAAGACUUAUACUAUGGGAUACUCUUUUAUUGGAAUAAAUACUAUCGCUCUUGUGGAGGUGGAUUUUACUGAAAAUAAAUAUAUUACUUUUAUAAAAUUAUCGUCAGUGGAUAUCCCGAAGCUAACUGGCUCGCCGGCUCUUAUACCAGUACUUGAUGGAAACAAAAAAUUUAGAAUCGCUGAAAUAAAAACUUGUAACCAAGAUUCAUCUUAUUUAGACCCCAACUACAUCUGCGCUGGUGAAAAGGAUUUUGAAGACUGCUUUAUUCGCGAAGGAACUCCUUUAAUUUCAAAUGAUAUUCUUAUUGGUAUAAUGGGUGUUCAAGAUUUUAGAAGCUGUCAAUAUUCUGAAAGAAUUUUUAUUGCAGUCCAACCGAUAAGUUAUUGGAUUAAAUACAUUUUAGAUAGUCCAUUACACAUUAAAAGAAAACGUGAAUUAUUCACAUCGAAUUAUCGACGUAAAUUUUUACGAAAAGUUAAAACUAGUAUUAAUAUCAAUUCUGAAAAACCUACAAAAACUAUGACAAGAACGAAGCAAUUUUCUGUCUCUGGUAAAACAUCAAAAUCAAAAAUAAAUAGAAAUAGCUAUAAAACUAAUAUAGUAGCAAAGAAAAAAAAUGCAAUGAAACAAGAGAACCGAAAAAGUAAUGUUAGAAGCAAAACAAAGAAUAAAAGGGUUGACACAAAAAAAAAUAUUAAAAAAAGUGCAAAUAAAAAGAAAAUUGUGAAGAAAAGAGUUCUGGCGUUCAAUAAAAAAAUACCAAAACAAAAUAUUAAACGUAUGAGGAAGAGGAAAGACUGUACAAGACCCAAAAGUAUAGACAAUAAUUUCGCAAAAAAAAUAAAAAUAACUAAAAAACAAAAUAAGAAGAGUGUUAAGAAAAAUAGAUCCACCUCACGAAAUAUACAAAAUUCUAAGAAGACUUACUUCAAUAUAAAACGUACAUCAAAAAGAUUUACGUCAAAACCUAAAACUAGUCAUUUAAAUUUAAGAUUACAGACGCCGACACAAAAAAAUAACAGGAUUAAGACAACGACAGUGCCAACGGUGAAGGUAUACGAUGUGAGUUUAAAACGAACGUCUAUAAAAGCACUAGCAGUGACUGGAGUAAAUAAGAAACCCAAAAAUGGUACAACCCAUACAACAACUUCUACGAUUAGUAUCACUGAGGUGGGCCAAAAAACGAAACCAACCAAUGCAAUGGAUUGGUUUAAAAACGUUCUCAAGAAUAUGUCAAAUAAAUCAAGCACGGUCUUGAUCUUGACCCCUGCUAAAAUACAAACUAAAUUUAUUGAUCUCACAUAAUACUUUUUUUUUUAUAAUGAGCUACAGUUUAAAAACAAACAUCAUACAGAAGUUAUAAUUGCUUUAAGAAGGAUAGGGAAAUGAAGAAAAUCUCGAGAUUUUUAUUAGAAUAAUAUUGUUAUUAGUAAUAUAAGUAAUUUUCACUCUUCGAGUUAUUGGAAAUCCUACUACUAUCUUAAAGUAUUGUCGUCUAUAACAUUUACCAGACGUAGAACAUUAUCAAGAAAAAAAUUAUAAUUUCAAAAUAGUAUCAUAUGUAUAAAUAAUUACCUUUACAUUUUAUAUGAAUGUAGUUAUUAUUGUUGUAAUAACAUUCAUUGUUUUUUCAGUAACACAGUAUUUUUGAUAACUUUCAUCAUAGCCAAUGCAGAUGGUCAUAUAUGUUUAUCUACUUUACAUUUAUUUUCCAUUGAUUUCGUACCGAUAAACCAAAACCGCCAUAUAUAUUAUUAUAAAUAGAUCUUACCAUAUAAUUAUAGUUAUAUUUAAAAAACAAUGAAAAAAAUGAAGAAGAAAGUAUUUUUUUUAACGCUUCAAACUCGCAAUAAAUUAACACGACUUUAGUACAGUUUGCUAUUAUAUCAACUUUGUUUUAUAAUUCCAUAACCAAUAGUCAUCCAACGAUUUACUAAAAAAAUAUAUUAUUAUUAUUAUUUAAAAUGAGUCAUAUUAAAACUAAUAUAAAAAGUAUUAAAAGAAAAUUAAAGGUUUGCCUUCUUACCUUUAGGUACAUACAUAUCUUAAUCACAAAUAAAUUUUCAAUGUGAACAGGAAUAUUUAUAAAAUGUAAUGUCAGCACUUAGUUGCAUUCGUUUAGGCAUAUGUUGCAUUUUAA